GGGAGAGAGGGAUAUGUGAUUCACAUAUUAUACUACAGUAUACUAACAGCACAUACACUACUACUACAGUACUACCAGUGCUCUGACUCAGACAAAGACCAGUGAGGACUGACUGUGUGUGUAGUGUUUGAAAACUAACAGAGAGUUAGUUAUAUUUAUUUGAAAGAAAGAGAGAGAGAGAGAGAGAAAUAAGUUGUGUUUUAUUUUAUUGGGUUAUAUAGACUACCAGUGCUUUUGUUUGAAUGAGAAAAAUCAUUGAUACCAUUGAAGAAGUUAGAAGAAUAAGUUACUGACAAUUGAUUACUGACACUAACAGACAGAUAGACUGUCCAUAUAUUAAGCAUUAAAAAAAAAUUUCGCCCGAAAUGAUGGCAACAUUGGCCUCGGCGUCGUCGACGACCGUAUCGUUGGCGUCGACCUGUUCUCUAUCGACAAUCAACGAUUUGGCCGCCGAACUGAUAACCAGCGACAAUUCAACCAGCAGUUCGUCUUCGUCGUCUGUAUCGUCAUCGGUAGUGAUGACCAACAACCACAACAACAACAGCAACAACGGCUGUCUGAUUGGUCCGCUAUCGGCUAUGUCGCUAUCAUCGCCGUCUAGCAAUACCUCGAGUCCGCACAACGACUGUUCAUCAUCAUCAUCGCCGCCAUUGUCCACCAAUUCAAUACAUCAACAGCUAAAGAUGUUAUCCGAUUCGGAUAUUAUGGACGGACUUAACGGUGUCGGCGGUGGUUGUCAUCAACAGCAGCAACAGCAACAACAACAACAGCAAACCAAUGCCGAUAUGUUAGCUCUGGCCCGUAUGGCCGAUGAUGGCCGACUCAAACAGUCUGAAUUGAAGCAGACGUUGGGUACUCUCGAUGGUGUUACCGGUCGGCUACAGAUCCAGCAUCAGAAAGCCCAACAAGAGAUCGGCGAAGCCUAUCAGUUCUACUUGUCUACACUGGAAGAGACUAAACUAGAGUUUCUGAAAGAAUUGGACGACAUAUUCAACUCACGUAUGGUAUCGCUGACCCUAUUGACGUCGAAAGUCGAAGAAGCCGUACGCGAGACCCAACAGAUAUCGAUGUUUGCCGACCGUAGCCGCAAGUUUGCCGCACCCGGCGAAAUGCUACAGUGCAAGUCCCUCAUCGACGACAAACUGCAGGCUAUCAUCAAUUUCAAUCCCGACGCCAACAUACCAUCACAUGAACUGGAGUUUGUGUCCAACUAUCAGGCUAUUCAGGUGGGUAUCCGCAACACAUUCGGUUACAUCCGUUCCUCAUCGAGUGACGGCAAACAGCCGCCCAUUUCCCGCCCGAAUGGACUGUCGGGUUCAUCAUCAUCGGUAUUGUCGUCUGUCGUCGGCAGCAACAGCUGUGGUGGCGGUGGCGGCGGACUCGGCAACAAUGGCGGUAAUAUCUACAAACAAAACGGUUACGGCGGCAACGAUAACAGCUGUUCAAGUAGUCUACUAUCCAAACGAUUUACGCCGAACACAUCGGUAACCAAUUCCGGUUGCGGCGGCGGCGGUGGCCAUCGAGGAGGUGACGGUACUAACGGUUCAUCAAUGUCUUCAUCGUCUAUACGCUCAUUUUCGUCGGCAUCCAUCAAUGACCCGUUGAACAUGUUCUACGAAAAGUGGUCAAUCGGUGGCGGCGGCAGCGUUGGUGGUGGUGGCCCUAACAGUGGUUGCGGUUCGGCAUCAUCGCCCGAUUCGGCCCUAUUCAACGGUAACGGUGGUGGCGGCGGUUGUGGUCAGACACUAACCGAACAAUUCAAUGCCCUAUCCGAUCCCGUCAUAGACUUGUCAUCCAAAUUGAUCUCUGCUUCAUCAUUGUUACCAAUCAAAUCGCAAAUCAAACGCCAGAAGAUGAUAUAUCAUUGCAAGUUCGGCGAGUUCGGGGUAAUGGAGGGACAGUUCACCGAACCUUCCGGUGUGGCCGUGAAUGCCCAAAACGAUAUCAUUGUGGCCGACACUAACAACCAUCGGAUCCAGAUAUUCGACAAAGAGGGCCGCUUUAAGUUCCAGUUUGGCGAAUGCGGCAAACGUGACGGCCAACUGCUGUACCCGAAUCGGGUAGCCGUAGUCAAACAGUCGGGCGACAUAAUAGUUACCGAACGAUCGCCGACACAUCAGAUUCAAAUCUAUAACCAAUAUGGCCAGUUUGUCCGCAAGUUCGGAGCCAAUAUAUUGCAACAUCCGCGCGGCGUUACCGUCGACAAUAAGGGACGUAUUAUUGUUGUCGAAUGCAAGGUGAUGCGUGUCAUAAUCUUCGAUCAAGUGGGUAAUGUCCUCCAGAAAUUCGGUUGCAGUAAACAUCUGGAGUUCCCCAACGGUGUCGUUGUUAACGAUAAACAAGAAAUCUUUAUCAGCGACAAUCGGGCCCAUUGUGUCAAAGUGUUUUCAUAUGACGGCAACUUUUUGCGCCAAAUUGGCGGCGAAGGUCUGACCAACUAUCCGAUCGGUGUCUGCAUCAACGAAUCGGGCGAAAUACUGGUUGCCGACAAUCAUAACAAUUUCAACAUAACGAUCUUCACCCAGGACGGCUGUCUGGUCAAUGCACUUGAAUCCAAAGUCAAACAUGCCCAGUGUUUUGAUGUUGCCCUCAUGGACGACAACAGUGUGGUACUGGCAUCGAAAGACUACCGAAUCUAUAUCUACCGCUAUCUGCAGCUACAGUCGCUGGCGGCAGCUGUGGCCGCAUCUGGUAUUUGUUAAGAUACUAAAAAACCGUUUGAUUUGAUUUGAACAGAUAGACAGACACAUACAGUCAUAUACCACACAUUUACACCAACAAACAAACAGUAUAUCUAUAUAUAUAUAUAUAUAAUUAUAUAUAUAUAUGUGA